AAGCGCACAACCAUGAUGGCGACGCGACGAGCGGACAGAUCCUCCAGUGUUCUUUCCUCUGUGCUUCUCCAAAUUCUACUUUACCUCUCUGCAUUCUACAGCCUCUUCUACUUCCUUUCCAGCCUCUGUAUGAUCAUCUACAAAAGUCAGAUGUUGAGUUACCCUGACAAAUAUUUGGCACUAGAUGUGUGCUUGCUCCUGCUGAUGGCUGCAUUUGAGAUCUUGAGAGUCUAUUGGGGAGUGAGAGGCAACCUGCAGGAGAGUGAGAGAUAUGUAGGUGCAAGUCUCCUUCUCACAGGAGCCACAGUUCUGCUCUCAGUGUACUACCUGGUGUGGCAGUCGUACGUGCUAAGAGCUGAUGUCAUCAUUAACGCCAUCCUGCUCUGCAUCUACGGCCUCUCUGUAGUAGCCAGCUUCGGAGUGCUUGCACGAUUCACCAGUGUUUACUCAUGACACACAAGGUCUGCUGAUGGUCUAAAUCUGUGUCUGCAGCUGCACUUCCUCUGAGUUAUGGACAUCAUACUCCCUACUGCACCAGUGAAUCUCCUCUGUCUCAGCAAAAACAGUGGUUUGAAGUAGGAUAAGAGAAUUGAAAAUAGACAAUUAGCUAAUAGAUACUGAAAACAAUCAGCGUAGUUAUUUGUAUUUUUUGUAUUAAAUGAUUUCCUUCUAUUUAUAAGGAUAUCUAGCACUGCUGUAAAAUAUCAGGUUUUGCAGCUGUAAUGUAACUCAACCAAAGUGACUAGAAGUGUGUACCUACAGUAAUAACCUGUCAAUUCUCAAACUGAUGUCAAUUUUAAAUGAUGAAGCAAUGCACUCACAGUGAUGUUCUUCAUAAAUAUAUUUUGAUAAGGUUUUUUAAUAUGUUAUAUUUUUCUUAUAAUAAAAGCCUCUCAAUUAAAAGA